UAUAGUAGAGCACCGGAACAACCAAGAAUACAAGAAUAAUUAUGGACCCGACUGGCCAAACACCUGACAACUCUUACAUAAAUAACCAGCACAUAUUUCGCAUGACCAGUAUCGGCGCACCGAGCCGCUUUCAGUGUUGCAUUAGCAAGGAUUACUAUAGUGAACAUGCCAACUUGCUGGAAUCACUGCACAUCACGCCACGCGUCAUUAUCCAAAAAAAGCGCCUCAGGAUCAACUACACCUAUGGCAUGACGCUGAAUAUCCGAAACAGUGGAUUGUACCCACGCCUCGUCCAACUGAGCACGGAUAGUCCAACCGACACAUUCAUUUCAAUACCUGAAAUGGACCUCAACCGCUAUUUGGAAACCGACCAGAACCUGGAGGUGAAAAUCUGGAUACGGGCCUCUUCUAAGCGGGAGAUCAACAGGCGCCGCCACAUCUUUGUGGAGUGCUUUCACCCGAACAUCAUCUUUCAAGUGCCCAUUGUUGUACUUGGCAAGGAUACAAAUCCCACGGUCAGCGAAUCGGUAGUCUUUCCCAGCUGCGUGCCCGGCAACAAGACCUUUUUCGAGUUGAUUGUCUAUAAUCCCUCCAAAGACAGUGUGCGCCUGCGCUACAGAAACACCAAUCGCGGCCUGGAGAUCAGCACGGGCAACAAGGAACUACUGCCGCCGCAGGACUAUCUCAAAAUGCUGCUGGCCAUUCAGCCGAGGAAACUGCAAGUGUACAAGGGCUUCUUCAACUUGAAAUUCGGAAUGUUGCCUCCCAAGCCGGUGAUGUUUACCUUUACACCCAAGUCCAUGUCUGUGCAUUUAAGCCUUGGCUGCGUGACCUUUCCCGUGACCAAGUUCGGUCGCGAGUCCUGUCGAUCAGUGACGGUGUGCAAUGAGGGCUUGGAAGAUGUGGUCGUUACCGGGCAACUCUUCAAGGAGGCAACCACCGACACACAGGAUGAAAGCUACGAGUCGGCCUCUGAUGACAUCAAUGAAAAGCUAAUCAGCGACGCCGUCAGUAUGCGAAGUGUCCUGAUCUACGACUUUGAGGAGGAGUCUGCCGUCCAGGAGGUUACCUACGACCCCAAGGCGAGUAGCCACUUUGAGUUCAUACUGCCCAACCGCAUCGGAGGCAACUCCUCCGCCGAAAUUAAGCUGUGCUUCCGUCCCACCUACGACGUUCAUCAGCUGUUUCCCAAUGACAUGGAACCGCCGUACAUUCAGCGAACCCGAGCCACCUUUUGCUUUGCCAACGACGAGGAUUGUAUCGAGUCGUACAUCGUUGUGCUCUCGGGCGGUAUUGGUGGCAUAGAAAUGGAGGUCCAUCCGAAGGUGGUUGACUUCCGGAAGAUCUACUUGGGCGAGGAGCACUGUGCCCAGAUAAAGUUCCUCAACAUUGAUUCCGUUCCCGCCAGAGUGAAUUAUGUAGACUGUUCGAAGCCAGAGCUGGCUGGGAUACGCAUUACGCCUGUCGAGGGCUUCCUGCUGGACCCCUGUACCCGCGGUAUCUUUAAUCUGUCCUUCUACUCCCUGGAACCGUCUCGCUUCUCGCUGCAACUGCGCUUCAAGGUGGGGAAUGGAACCCAUUAUGAAGUGGAGUUAAGAGGCACGGGACAGCCAGUGCAGCUGCGCACCUUCCCCAGCCUGGUGGAGUUUGGGAGCAUACCCGUUGCCGUUCCCCAAAAGCGUUACAUGCUCCUGCUGAACCCCCUUGCCGUACCCAUAACCCUACAAGUGAAGCCCACCGAGGAUGGGACAGAGACACCGCUGGUGCUCAACAUACGUGACUCCACCGAGUUGCUGCCCAUCACGGUGCGCGAUCCCAUAAAGCAUCUGCAGCAAGUCCACGAGGAAUUGGUCCAGCCGCUAGAGUUUGGAUCGAUUGACCUAACGGAGGAAGAACCGGAGGUCAAGUCCAUAAAGUCCGUCGAGACGAAGUUGUCUGUAUACAGCCAGGACUUUGAGGAGGAAGUGAUGGAACCUAUUCCCGUCAUGGCCGCUCAACUUUUAAGCAAUCUAAAAAAGAAAAAGAUCUUCGACAAGUCAGAGUCGGAUCGGCGCAUCAUUCAGGAGGCACUGAUUGGUUUGCUCCACACCAAAUACUUCUCGGUCUUUACCAAGCACAACAACUUUGUUUUUAUGGACUGGAACGCUUUGCCCAGUGAUCCCCAGGAGGUUUAUUGCGACAACGAAAUCAUUUACCUUCGUCCGAACACCGGGCGCACCAUUACCAUCCUAGUGGUGCCCAAUAGACCGGGCUAUUAUCAUCGAUCCCUGUCGGUGCGAAUCUGUCCCGCUCUUCCGUCGUGUUCCCCUGAAUCGAGUGAUGAUCAGCCGAUCAUGAAGACCCUGAUCAAGUCGGAGUUCCUGUGCUCUAAGCUUUGGUUCGAGUAUAAUUGUGUUGUCCCGGAUAUUGAGUGGUCUAACAUUAUAGAUCUGUCGGAAUAUACAGUCUAUGCUGGCGAGGAGUACGAGUUCAAUAUGGAGUUUAAGAACCGUUCCAUAGUUGGUGCCUUUCUUCACUAUGAAGUGGUUCCCAACGGUAUGACAUUUCGCGAUGGAGUCUGGAAGUUUUAUAUUGAUUCGGGAGCCUUUAUCAUUGCCAAAUGCGCUGUGGCCUUUCGCUCGCUGGGCAACACUCGGCUGAUGGGUUUGGUUAAGGUUGUGGGCGCCAAUCGACCGUACCCCUUCCAUUUGGUAGCCCACGUUCUGCCCACAGAGAUCCGGAUCACGCCGAUGUCCAUUAAUCGGCGGCUGCAGGUUUACGAAGAGCACAAGCAGCACUUUUAUAUUGACAAUUACACGCCCACGCACACUAUGCUGAGCAUAAGAUUGAAAGAUUCAGAAUUCCAAUAUCUGACAUCGAGAGGCGGAGCCUUGUCUCCCACCGGCCAGAGCAUGUACACCACCUUGGUGUCGAUGUUCACCGAUCCGGAUAUCUACCAGAACACCCUGUUCAUUGAUCUGCAAUUCGACAAUGUGAUCAUGGUGCCCAUUACGUUUCGGGUGGAGGGAGUGCCUCUGUACUUUGAGCCCAACAUACGCGAAGGAUUCGAUGCCGGUCUGCUGUACACAGACACCAAGGAGCAGUUCCAGAAUGGCAUCUUCACGCAUCGCUUUCCCGUGAGGGUAAUCAACAAAGGAUUUCGGGCCUAUCGCAUCCUUAUUAUUCGACUGAAUUCCAUUGGCCCGGGAACCGAUCCAAAUCCCGCCCCCUGCUCCACUCACGGCCUGACGGCGCGCUUUGACAUGGAACCGAAAAACCUAUACUUGGAUCCCAACAGCGAGACGCGGUUGGACAUUGUGGCUAGCUCGUACGUAGAGGGUCAUGCCACCGGGGACUUUUUGCUGCAGGUCGUCGACCAGAAGUAUCCCACAAGCAAGCACAUUAUCCGGGUUAGUGUUCAGGCCGAGUUCGUGGAGUGCCAGCUGCUGUGGAGUCCCAAGCAGUUAAACUUCAACUACAAACGCUGUGAUCCUCUGAGGGAGCGUUCCUAUGAGGAAACUCCACUUCUGAUCAAUCCCUGCGCCGUGCCCAUCGACAGGGUAAUGCUACAGGUGGCGGGUCCCUUCAGGAUUAAGGAGUUCUACGAGGACACCUACGAAAAGGAAUUGAUGAUCCCUGUGGCUGGCUGCGAACGAAAGGAAAUCUUUGUGAUCUUGAACAGGGCAGCUGUAAAGAAUCUCUCCUGUCGCCACAUCGAAGGCAAGAUUAACGUUAUGGCACGAGGCAUACAACUCAAGAGUCUACCCUUGCGUGUGUCCGUCAAGGUGCCGGAUGUGGUGAUCCUCCAGCCCGAACUGGUGCUUUUCGAUCGGGGCAAGCCCUACGAGAGUAGCAUCAAUCUCAUUAACCAAGGCUGUGCCCCGGCCGAGUUCAAGUGGAAGCGUCAUUUCACCAAAGAGGUAUAUGUAGGCGACGAGGAUGAUCCAGCUGGCAUUGCCAGCGAUAUCCUGUCGGAGAUUCUGCGCAUGCUGGAGUACAAUUUCAGUUGUGCCGACGAGCCCAAUAUGACAAAGAGGUACCAGAAGUGCCGCUGUCAGUUCAAGCGCUUCGUGGAGGACGGCGAUAUGAUUGUGGAAAUCAUAGACGAGGUCAUCAACGAUCUGGACCUAAGCCACCGCCCCCUGCUUUACCAGCCAAAGGAGCAAAACGAUCCCGAAGAGGACAGAGACCAGAGCACUUCGAGCUUGGUGCGGGAAACAUUGGACGACAUCCUAGCCAGACUCCACAUUGAUUCGAGUGAGGAGUGGUCGGAACCCUCCUCCGAGUACUGCUUUGCCAGUCGAUACAUCUAUUUCCACGAGAAACGGGGCACCGUCAACGUUGUGGACAUGCAGCCCGGCGAUCUACAAUGUAAGCUACACCUGCCCCACAUUCGACGUAAUCACGAGAUGCAAGCCUUCUUUGAGCUGGCCAUUGUGGGCGGGCGAAGUCAGUUUCUGACCGUCACGCUGGUCAAUCUUCCGCAGAAGAUUAAGUUCCACAAGGACAGUAACUACAUGGGAAUUAAGCCCUGGUACGAGUCCUUCGAGGCUGUGGUUCGUGUCUCCAAUGUAACCAACUAUCCUCUCAAACUGGUCCUAGUGGAAAUUAAGCCCAAGCCACUAAAAUCUCCCCCAGCGCUACCCUCGCUAUUGGAGAAGCGCCUGGUUGAGGGCUACUGCAAGCUAAUAACCAGCGACUUAAUGCAUCUGGAUCCCUUGAAAAUGGAUCAGAUCCGGGUGAGGGGAAUCUUGGGCUUCAGCGAGAGCUUCCGGCACACCUUCGGAGCCAUGAUCAACAACAGCGACUCCAGCGAGUUCUGUUUGCGAGGUCAGGGCGUGAUGCCCAUGCUGGACAUGACCACUCCACUGCCCUCCAUCCCCAUGGACCCCGCUGAGCUGGAGGAGGAGUACCGCCUGCUGCAGCGCAUCUACCAAUACGAGAUUUUCCGCAGUAUCACCGAGGUGGUGGAGGAGGAGCUGAUGCCCGCUAAUAUGGGUGAGGAGGAAGGGAACCAGAUGGAGGAUAAGCCCACACCGCGCUCCGAAGACUUCAGCCUGCUGUCAUUCAGUGAGGAGGACAUGCCCUCGGAGCAGCAGGCCCGGCACGAUCUGCAGCUCUUCCGCAUGGUGAAAACGUACGUGAUGGUGAACAACAACCAGGACCUGCCCCACGCAACGGUCCUGCGUCAACUACUCCUCGCCGAGCGCUACCUGCUACGUAUUCGAACAAAGCCAGAGCUCUAUGCCCUCCACCAGCAGGUCUACCAGAGCCACCUAAAGCUGCACAAGGCCCCUGGCUAUAAGCAGCCCUCGUUGGUCAAGCACUUCACCGUCCAGCCCAUUCCCUGUGAGCAGCACGGCUUCAUUCUGGACCUGGGCUCCCUGCCGCGUAACUCGCUGCGCCGCUUCGAGCUCAAGCUCCACUUCUUCGGGCCCGGCAAGCUCAUCGCCGCCGCACGGACAGCGGUGAGGAUACCGGGGUUGUUUGUGGACUUUAAGGUGGCAGCGGCAGCACAGCACGCCACCAAAAAGUUCUCCUUUUGGUCUGAAAAGUGCAACUCCCUAGAAUACUUCAAGGACAAGUACAGGAAUAUGUUCGAGCGCCUGAUGGAUGCCGAAAAGGAUCCCAAGCUGAAGCAUGCCCACUCGUUCGACCUGGACAAAAUGGUCAAGCAUCAGCGCGAUUUGACGCCCAAAGACCGUCGCCUGAUCGAGGAAUACUACAACAGUUUGAAUCCCUCGGUUUAUCCUGAUCACAAGCAUCACUUCACCCUGGCCAAGAUCUUCUCCGGCUCCAUGUCCAACUACUCGGGAGUGGAUCUAACCAUCGUGGGUUUCUUUAAGCCCGAAACGCAAUUCUAUGAGAAUAAUCAGCUCGUAGAGGAUUACAUAUUCAUCGAUGUGAGUGGUUUUUCAGUAGGAAAUCGUUUUAAACUCAACUCGAACUCAUCUCCACAGUUGCACAUGGGUCCGACGUUGCCCAUCUUGCUGAGAGGCGUUAUUGCAUCCUAAAAGAAGUCUGUUUUAAAGUGGUUAACAAGCUGGUUUAUUGUGUGGUUUUGUGGUCUUAAGUAGAAUUAGUAAUAAAGCUUCCAAAGGGGAGAAACCCUCA